CUACCUUGCAGGUGGGCCGCCACCCAGCAGAACCCAGCAAGCUGUCGGUGGACAGAGCAGCAGCCCAGGGCAGGUGAGGGGCUUUCACAGCCUUUGUAAAAGUCAGCUGCCACCUACACCGGUGAGAGUCCUGUCAUGGAAGGGGCGGGUGCCUCAUCCAGAAGGUCUGGGGCACUGUCUCUGAUCUCAGGGGCAGCUGCCUGCGCCUGGUCCGCGCUGGCGGGGAACCUCUUCCUGCAGCCACACGCUGGACGCUCCAGUCCGCCCUGCACGGGAGACCAUUCACUCCCCCCUCUGCUCCAUCCGCAGGAGCACAAGCAGCCGCAGUGCACCCAACUUGGAGUCCUGAUCCGCCAGUGGCCCUGGACCCGACCCAGGGCCAGCAUAUUCCCGGCACCCCCGGUAUGAUCGUCGUGGUCUUGGAGCCAGGAACAGACCUGGAGCUGCGCCUGGGCGACGAGGUGCUGGUCCUGGCCCCGCAGGCAGCCCUGCAGCUCACGCUCCCCGACCUUGUGGUCGUCGUGGUCCCCGCGCAGCUGCUGAGGUCGCCCGAGGGGCUCUGCUUCCCCGCCCACGCCCGGUGGCUCCACCCCGCCGACCCCGACGCCACGUGGCAAAUCCACCUGGGAGACGGAUGCGUUGCGGCCCGGAGCGCAGGGCGCCAGAGAGCCCCACGGGCGCCCCGCGACCCGCGCUGCAGCCCCCCUUGCCCGCGCACCCUCCUCCUGAAGCCCCUCUGCAGGGCCGCGGGCCCCCGGCGCGCCUCCCCUGUGCAUGGGCCCCGCCCGGGGAGGCGCCCGCUGCCCGCCGACUUCAGCCUGGACCUCGGCGGUCCGGGGCCCUGGCCCAGCUCGGCGCUCAGGCCCCUGCCUCCCUCCCCCAGCCCGGGGCCCAGGCUCUGCCGCGCGGCGCGGCGCAGGCCCCCCUGCAAGGCCCGCAGACGGCUCUUCUGA